AUGGAUGAGCUAUUCGACGUCUUUGACGACAAGCCCCAGGGCCUUGGCCCUCCUACAGAGUCUAGCAAGCCUCGACUGAAAAAAGACAAGAACAAGAAACGCCAGGCGAAUGGUGCUGUGAAAGAGAACAACUCGAUCAGCCAGCCCAAGGAAGAUGAGCCUAUGGGUGAUGCACCUGUCAAUGGUGUAGCAACAGACGACAAGAGCCCUCCGGCUGGGGGAAAUGGUCGACCAGAGGCAAAGCGUCUGCGUUUGCAGGACGAGCCAGAGCCAGUCGUGGCCGACACAUUCGAGACAGAACAAGAGCGAGAAGUGGCAGCGUCGGCGGGCUUCCAAACUACCAAAGACACUGGCGCAGUCGUUUUGUCGCAUCAAGUUCGCCAUCAAGUGGCUCUUCCGGCAAACUAUCCUUAUGUCCCGAUUUCCCAGCACAAGCCUCCCGAGGAUCCCGCGAAAACAUUUCCUUUUACCCUGGAUCCUUUCCAACAAGUCGCAGUUUCUUCUAUACAGAGGGAGGAGAGUGUUUUGGUUUCCGCGCACACUAGCGCUGGUAAAACGGUGGUCGCAGAAUACGCAAUCGCGCAGAGUUUGAAGAAUAACCAGAGAGUCAUCUAUACCAGUCCUAUCAAAGCUUUGAGCAACCAGAAAUACAGAGAAUUUGCCGCGGAGUUUGGAGAUGUAGGUCUGAUGACGGGUGACGUGACGAUAAACCCAACUGCGACAUGUCUAGUGAUGACAACAGAAAUUUUGAGAUCAAUGCUUUAUCGGGGUUCCGAAAUCAUGCGCGAAGUGGCCUGGGUCGUUUUUGACGAAAUCCACUACUUGCGUGACGCAACUCGAGGUGUCGUUUGGGAAGAGACUAUCAUCCUCCUACCCGACAAGGUCCACUACGUCUUCUUGUCCGCGACAAUCCCAAAUGCAAUGCAAUUCGCUGAGUGGAUUGUCAAAAUGCACAACCAGCCAUGUCACGUUGUUUACACCGAUUUCCGACCUACUCCUUUGCAGCACUACUUCUUCCCUGUCGGUUCGGAAGGUAUGCAUUUGGUAGUGGAUGAAAAGGGUACUUUCCGCGAGGAAAACUUCCAAAAGGCAAUGAGCACGAUUGCAGAGAAAAAGGGCGACGACCCGGCUGACCCUCUCGCCAAACGCAAAGGCAAAGGAAGAGACAAGAAGUUCAACAAGGGAGGCACGAAGGAGAAAUCCGAUAUGUGGAAAAUUGUCAAAAUGAUCAUGCUGAAGAACCUCAAUCCAGUGAUUGUGUUCAGUUUCAGCAAGCGUGAAUGCGAAGCCAAUGCCCUGCAGUUGAUUUCGCUAUCUUUCAAUGACGAUUCCGAGAAGGAGAUGGUUUCCAAAGUUUUUAACAGCGCCAUUGAGAUGUUGUCUGAGGAGGAUAGAGAACUUUCUCAGAUCAAAAACAUUCUGCCUCUUCUGCGACGUGGUAUUGGUGUUCACCACUCAGGACUGCUUCCCAUUCUAAAGGAAACCAUCGAGAUUCUUUUCCAGGAAGGUCUCAUUAAAGUCCUGUUCGCAACAGAGACGUUCUCGAUCGGUCUUAACAUGCCUGCUAAGACUGUCGUCUUUACAAGUGUCCGAAAGUUCGAUGGAACCGGGACUCGAUGGGUGACCCCAUCCGAAUUUAUCCAAAUGUCAGGACGUGCUGGUCGAAGAGGUCUUGAUGAUCGUGGUAUUGUUAUUAUGAUGGUUGGUGAGGAAAUGGAGCCUGCAGUCGCCAAGGAGAUCGUACGUGGUGAACAAGAUCGUCUUAAUUCCGCAUUCCAUCUGGGUUAUAAUAUGAUCUUGAACUUGAUGCGUGUGGAGGGCAUUUCUCCCGAGUUUAUGCUGGAGCGCUGCUUCUUCCAGUUUCAGAAUACGGCCAGUGUUGCCGGAUUAGAGAAAGAACUUGAGGAACUCGAAUCACAACGAGCAAACAUGAACAUCUCGGACGAGCCGACAAUUCGCGAGUACUAUGACUUGAGAAAACAGCUUGCGCAAUUCACCACGGAUAUGCAGGUUGUCAUUAGCCACCCCGAUUAUAGCUUACGAUAUCUGCAGCCUGGCCGUCUCAUUCAGAUCAAGUAUCUGGACUACGAUUUCGGCUGGGGUGUGGUUGUUGACUACAAACGCCGAAAGGGAGCUGAAGAGCAAACCCCUCAUCAGUCUUACGUCGUUUAUGUUCUCUUAAAGGUCGCUGAAGGCUCCUCUUCUGGCACUAAUACCCACGCCGACCUCCCCUCUGGGGUUCGGCCACCACAAGAAGGCGAGCAAUCCGACUUUGAGGUUGUCCCGGUUCUUCUCAGUUGUGUGCAGGCGUUCUCCCACGUCCGAAUCUACCUCCCGAAGGAUAUCAAAACAGCCGAGUCGCGGAAUAGCGCCAAACGCUCUCUUGAUGAAAUCCACAAACGGUUCCCGGAUGGAGUCGCCCUUUUAGAUCCCAUUGAACACAUGGGCAUCAAGGAUGAGUCUUUCAAGAAGCUUCUCAGGAAAAUCGAGGUUCUCGAAUCACGACUAUUAGGAAACCCUCUUCACAACUCGCCUCGCUUACCUGAACUCUACAACCAGUACUCCGAAAAGGUGGAGCUAGGAACUACUAUCAAGUCGGUCAAGAAGAAGAUUUCGGACGCAAUGUCUAUCAUGCAACUGGACGAGCUGAAAUGCCGGAAACGAGUUCUCCGACGGUUUGGCUUCAUCAAUGAGGCAGAAGUAGUCCAGCUCAAGGCACGAGUGGCAUGCGAGAUCAGCACGGGUGAUGAACUGAUGCUGAGCGAGCUGCUGUUCAACGGUUUCUUCAACAACUUGACCCCGGAACAAUGUGCUGCUAUACUGAGUGUCUUUGUGUUUGAGGAGAAGGCAAAGGAUACACCUGCGUUGCGUCAGGACGAGCUGGUGAAGCCGCUCAAGGAAAUCCAGGCCCAAGCGCGAAUCAUUGCCAAGGUGUCACUCGAAUCGAAGCUUGCGGUCAAUGAGGACGAGUACGUACAGAGCUUCCACUGGGAACUCAUGGAAACCAUGUACGAGUGGGCAAACGGCAAGUCCUUUGCCGAGAUAUGCAAAAUGACAGACGUGUACGAGGGCAGCUUGAUCCGUGUGUUCCGGCGGCUCGAGGAGUUGAUGCGGCAGAUGGCGCAGGCAUCCAAGGUCAUGGGGAGCGAAGAGCUGGAGCAGAAGUUUGAGACUUCGCUCACCAAGGUGCGACGCGAUAUCGUCGCUGCUCAAUCACUUUACUUGUAA